AUGACAAGACAAAGAGCAAGAACACUUCAGCACAAGUACAAUCAAAGCAUGAGACAAGCCAUCAUUCAAGCUGAUCAAGAGAUGACUAAAGAAGAGCAUUAUGAGCUAGAGCUUCAAGAUGGACCAGUUCAUUACUUACAAGUAUUGACCAGAACAUCAAUGGAUCACGAAGAACCAACAAAUGAACCAAGCUUAAAGGUGCAAGAUAUCUGGCCCUUACUUUCACGCCAAGCCCAAGCAAAUGUGCUCAUCAUUUCAUGUGAAGAACAAGGAAGUUAA